AUGGGUUACUACGACGACGAAGGUGAAUACCACUCUUUCCGCCGUGGCGUUGGCCGCGCUGUCGACCGCGUCGCCCACCCCUUCUCCCACUCCCACUCUCACUCCUCCUCCCACUCCCACGCUGGUGCUGACGACCAUGAAGAGGUCGCCCCUCCCGCCGCCAAUGUCCGCGUUGUUGAGCCCCGCAGCCGUGGCUCCUCCUCCGGCGAGAACGUCCCUAUUCCCUGCCACUUCAUCCGCAUUGGCGACAUCCUGAUCCUCCAGGGUCGUCCUUGCCAGGUCAUCCGCAUCUCGGUCUCCCCUCAGACCGGCCAGCACCGUUACCUCGGUGUCGACCUCUUCACCCGCAAGCUCCAGGAGGAGUCCAGCUUCGUCGCCAACCCCUCCCCCUCCGUUGUGGUUCAGACCAUGCUCGGCCCCGUCUUCAAGACCUACCGCAUCCUGGACAUCCGUGAUGACAACCGUCUCGUUGCCAUGACCGAGUCCGGUGAUGUCAAGCAGGGCCUCCAGGUUAUCUCCCAGGGUAACCUCCACAAGCGCAUCUCCGAGGCCUUCUCCGAUGGCCGUGGCUCCGUUCGCGCCCUUGUCAUCAACGACGGUGGCCGUGAGCUCGUCGUCGACUACAAGGUCAUCCACGGCUCCCGCCUGUAA